UGGAGUGCAGGAGCCAGCAGCUGAAGCAGGAAGCUUUUAUGUUACCAGAAACUUUGGGAGACUAAGCUGCGGAAGAGGGAUUUUUCAGUACUUAAAAGCCACAGCAGAGCCUGCCAGUCGGCCAGACGCUGAGGGCGCUGUAAAUCUUGGAUCCUCCGUCCCCAGGGCAGGCGUAGCUGGGCGCUGAGGAUCUGUCUGGUGGUUCCCAGGACGCGCUGAUGCAGCUCUGCCAGAAGACAGAUGGGGAAAAGAUACUUUUGUGACUACUGUGACAGGUCUUUUCAGGACAACCUUCACAACAGGAAGAAACACCUCAAUGGAGUGCAGCAUCUCAGGGCUAAGAGAGUCUGGUACGACUUAUUCCGAGAUGCUGCCGCUAUCCUGCAAGAGGAGCAAACCAAGAAACCGUGUCGGAAGUUUCUGCAAACAGGACAGUGUGAUUUUGGGUCCAACUGCAGAUUUUCCCACAUGACAGAGCAGGACCUGGAGAAGCUGAGUGCUCAGGUUCAAGGGGAGCAGAGAUCGAAGGAGCUGCGGCAAGAGGGAGCAGAUGUCCCGCCUGGCACAAUUGAGGACUGGCUGGAGAAGAGAGCAAAGAGACUGAGCGCGGCUCAGAGUAACAGUUCUCUGCCUGAGAAACCAGCGCCUUUCCAGUACCCGCCGGGCUGGCCGCCGGUGCAGGAUCUGCCCCCGUCCCUGCAGGCCCCCCCACCCGGAGGGUGGCCGGUCCCCCCCAACCUGCAGUGGGGCUGAGGCAUAGGGACCCCCGCAGAGGUUGCGCUGGAGAUGGACUUCUUCCUUGCCUGCUCUAAGAAAGGGACAGAAUUAUUUAUAUACGCUUUUAUAUCAAUAAAAGCCUUCCCCCUU